GAAUUUAUCGUGAGCAGCUCCUGACAGGCUGUUACUUCUCUACAACUGACGUUAUGAUCAUCUUAAUUUACUUAUUUGUCUUGCUGUGGGAAGAGGCUCAAGGAUGGGGAUUCCAGAAUGGAAUUUUUCAUAACUCCAUAUGGCUUGAACAAGCAGCAGGCGUGUACCACAGAGAAGCACGGUCUGGCAAGUACCAACUCACCUAUGCAGAUGCUAAGGCAGUGUGUGAAUUUGAAGGCGGCCAGCUCGCCACCUACAAGCAGCUAGAGGCAGCCAGAAAAAUUGGGUUUCAUGUUUGUGCUGCUGGAUGGAUGGCCAAGGGCAGAGUUGGGUACCCCAUUGUGAAGCCAGGGCCCAACUGUGGAUUUGGAAAAACUGGUAUCAUUGACUAUGGAAUCCGUCUCAAUAGGAGUGAAAAAUGGGAUGCCUAUUGCUACAACCCACAUGCAAAGGAAUGUGGUGGUGUUUUUACAGAACCAAAGCGAAUUUUUAAAUCUCCUGGCUUCCCAAAUGAGUAUGAUGAUAAUCAAAUCUGCUAUUGGCAUAUUAGACUUAAGUAUGGUCAGCGUAUUCACCUGCGUUUUUUGAACUUUGAUCUUGAAGAUGACCCAGGUUGUUUGUCCGACUAUGUUGAAAUAUAUGACAGUUAUGAUGAUGUCCAUGGCUUUGUGGGAAGAUACUGUGGAGAUGAGCUUCCAGAAGAUUUCUUUAGUACAGGAAAUGUUAUGACCUUGAAGUUUCUGAGUGAUGCUUCGGUGACAGCAGGAGGUUUCCAAAUCAUGUAUGUUGCAGUGGAUCCUGUAUCUAAAUCCAGUCAAGGAAAAAAUUCAAGCACCACUUCUACUGGAAAUAAAAACUUUUUAGCUGGAAGAUUCAGUCAUUUAUAAAGCAAAGAAAGGAUGAUCAGAAUAUAUAAUGUUCAUGUUAACUUCUUCUGGAACUUCUGGAUCUCACUUUUAUAUUAUUAUUGUUAACAUUUAUUUAUUUUUCUAAAUGUGAAAGUAAUACCUAAUUUUGGGAAAAUUGGAAAGUUCAGAAAACUUUAAAUGAGAAAAUAAAAUCUCUCAUAAU